UAAUGUAGUAUCCUUUCUGAAGAAUCACCUUUGUUUACUGAAGGAAAAAUCAUGUCUUUAACAAGAAGUUGCUCUCUGCUCAUUUUUUUGUUGGUGAUUGUUUGGAGUUGCUGUGGCUAUGAUGGCAAACUUUCAAAAGAUCAAAGUUAUGGCAAAGUUUAUUCAAACUUCACUUGCUGUAGCACAUUUCUGUCAAGUGGCAACAAUAGUUGUGGAAUACUAGCUAUGAACUAUGUAAUCAUAAGUUCAAAAGUGGUUUCAGAACAACUUCAAUUUAAUGCUACAAUUGACUUCACUCUAAGUGAAACAGUUAAUUUUGGAAGUGUCAUCGAGUUGUCAAUUUCAAAAAUGGUUCACAACAUGAACAUAGUGUAUCUAGAUUUUACAUUGAACUUAUGUGAUCUCUUUUUAGACCUUCAAAAACUACAGUGUCCUAUAAAACCAGGACACUACAAAAUCUUUUAUGAAACGCCUACGCUUCCACCCCUAAUUGAAAAAGGAGUGUUCAUUGUUAAACUAAAGGCGAAAAAUGAAUUUGGAAAAGAAACAACCUGCAGCACAUUUGACAUGACAUUAAUGUAAAAAAAACAAUCCUGACUUUUAAAAGAUUGUAGUUCUGUCAUUUGGUUGUUUAACUUUUUGUGUCACAAAA